UCUGGCAACCCUGCAGACUGACUAUUCCCGGAAGAACGUCUCUCGGUAGGCCAGCUAGGCUAGUUAAUCAUUACUGUCUUAUAGUCAGGCUUAUAAUAAAGCAUACCGGACCUGGUUAAACACCACAUGCAGACAAAAAGAAGACAUUCGUGUUUUAGAGCUCUAGAUCCGACCUCGCCAGUAAAGUUUGAUUGAUUUGGAGCACAGAGAGAUCAUCUGGUUUAAUAAUUGUUAGCUUGCGUAGCUUAACGAGGAGUUAGCACUAUAGCCUGCUAACUGGCCAUCUUGUCUUUUUUGCCUGCACUAGUUGACUUAAAGCUUAAAUAAAUCCUGCCGCGACUAUCAGGAACCCUGAACAGGAUUGCUUCGCUGUUACGCCGGUUCUCCAUUAAAGGAUCUGUGGAUAGGAUCACAGGACUUUGAUCUUUGGCUGUGGGGUAAGGUGGGGCCUUUGGGGAGCUUUAGGUUUGUCUUCCCAUGACAACGCAACACCAUGGCAGCAACGGCUCCAGCAGCGAUGCCGAGUGCCGGGUCUCAGAGGACGAGAAGAAUGUGGAGGAUAUGGAGCUCACUGAGCUCGGACCGCUGCUGAACAGUCCAGAAGCCUCGACUAAACCCAGAGGUGCAGCAGCUUACCCGAGUGAGGAGGAGGAGGAGGAGGUGGAAGAUAACAAUGACGAGGAGGAUGACUUGCGCAUGGUCACAUUGCCUUUGCAGGCUCACCAUGCCAUGGAGAAAAUGGAAGAGUUUGUACACAAGGUAUGGGAAGGGCGCUGGCGAGUGAUUCCUUUCCACUUGCUUCCGGACUGGCUAAAGGAUAAUGACUACCUACUUCACGGUCACCGGCCACCCAUGCCAUCUUUCCGAGCCUGCUUUGGAAGCAUCUUCAGGAUCCAUACAGAAACGGGGAACAUCUGGACACAUUUACUGGGUCUGAUCCUGUUUCUGUGUCUGGGCACUCUGACCAUGCUGCGGCCAAAUGUGUCGUUCAUGGCUCCUCUGCAGGAGAAAGUGGUGCUAGGGAUGUUUUUCCUGGGUGCUGUGCUCUGUCUCUGCUUCUCCUGGCUCUUCCACACUGUCUACUGUCACUCAGAGAAAGUGUCCAGAACAUUCUCUAAGUUGGAUUACUCCGGUAUAGCUCUGCUGAUAAUGGGCUCAUUUGUGCCGUGGCUCUACUACUCGUUUUACUGCUCUCCGCAGCCACGCCUCAUAUACCUCUCUGUGGUGUGUGUGCUGGGCAUCUCCGCCAUCAUUGUGGCACAGUGGGAUCGCUUCGCCACUCCACGCCACAGACCUACACGUGCAGGUGUAUUCCUUGGCCUUGGACUAAGUGGCAUCAUUCCCACAAUGCACUUCACCAUCGCUGAGGGCUUUGUGAAGGCAACAACAGUGGGCCAAAUGGGCUGGUUUAUCCUAAUGGGCGCCAUGUACAUCACUGGAGCUGGUCUGUAUGCAGCACGCAUCCCUGAACGCUUCUUUCCUGGGAAAUGCGAUAUCUGGUUCCAGUCUCAUCAAAUUUUCCACGUGUUGGUGGUGGCUGCAGCAUUUAUUCACUUCUACGGCAUCUCCAACCUGCAGGAGUUCCGCCACGGCCUGGGAGGAGGCUGUACAGAUGACUCCCUCCUCUAAGCAACACCAUCCUUCUCUCCGCUUGCUUUCCACUCAUCACGUCAGCACUGAACUGAUGAGGGUUUUUGAACAUUUCUAGAUCAGUUGUGUUUGGAAAGAGCUAUUGUACUCCACUGCCUACCCUGCGCUCACUGAUCAAGAACUGUCCUAAGAUUGUUCUCUAUAUUUUAAAAGGUUUAUACAAUCAUCAAUGUGUUUUAUUGUUGUAAUACUUGAAGACAUAAUAAGUAAAGAUUACUACUCAGUUAAUGGAAUACUCCAGUGGUUUUCAACCUUAAUCUCUGUUGACUGGCAUCUGUAGCAUAUGUGUGAUUACCACAGGCAGGAAUCGCAACAUGUUUCCCUGUAGUGAGAAACUUGUUUACUUAAUGUCAUAAUGUUACAGCAACCUUAAGCGCUAUAUAAAUGAAAAGCAUUUUUAAGUCUUGGAGCAGUUGUACAGUACAACAAUAAAUGUGUAAAUUGCAUGACUAUAUAUAUAUAGAGAUAUCGUACAUUCAAAACUACUGCUGUUACAUUCUUCAUAAUAAAGGUCUUAGGAUGAGACAGAUGUGGGAGAAUGACUUCUCAACUUGCUUAUGCUUUCACGGUUUCUCUUUCAUGGUUUUGUGGUAUAAAUGCCAAAAGGGAACUGGGGCAGUUGUGUUUCUGCCUAUGUUGGUAAAGUAAUACCACAAAUUUUCCCUUCUGUUCUGCAGAAAUACAUUUUUGGCAACUGCCCGAGACUUCCAUUAUAUGUGAGUUUAAAGCAAAAAAAUUUUUUUCCCAUUCUUUUCUCAAUACAGGGAAAUGUAUAUUCUUGUUUAUGGUUAUUACGCAAAACUACAUAUAUGGUAGAUGAGUAUUUGGUUGAAAAAACAUGGACAGUUUGUUUAUGCAUUUGUUCACAAUUCAGUUUUCAAGGCACUGUCACACUGCUAGGGGGAAAAUUAUAUCUCGAGAGGCAUUUAGUCAUAGACCACUGGGAGUUGUGUGAACAGUGCUACUUCUUCCUGUCUUGUUCAGUCUAUACACACUGUUGGAUAAAUAUGCUCGGGGUCUGAGAGCAGUAGCUAUGUCUUUUGGGGCGGUGCAGGUAUCUAGAACUAUGAGAACAGGUAUAAAAUAUUAACGUCUUUCAUCUGCUGUAAAUGUUUUCAUAUAAUAAUCUGUAGAGUUUGUGACAUAAUGGAAUUUUCCUAGAUAAAUUUUUAAAUGUUA